CCUCGGCCUCCUUAAUUUUAUCAAAGAUCAACCCGUUAAACCCUCUCACAAAUCACAAGUCCUCCCAACAAUGAAUCGUGUUACUCCGCCGCCUGAUUUUCUAUUUGAUCCUUAAACCACCGAGUUUACGAAAACGAUGGGGUUCUCCGAAGCCACCUCGCGGCUCUCCGUUUCAUCCGGCUCUGUUCUCGCCGCCGCAACCUCUCUGGCCGCCUCCGCUAUCUUCCUCCGAACCAUUGCCACCGACCUCGUCCCGGACGCACUACGCUCCCACAUCUCCACGCGCCUCCAAAACCUCUUCAAUCGCUUCUCCUCAAAGCUUACCGUCGUCAUCGAAGAGUCCGACGGCCUGACGUCAAACCAGAUGUUCGAGGCCGCCACGAUUUUCUUGGGCACCAAGGUUUCCCCUGCAACGCGGAGAAUCAAAGUGGUCAAGCCCGAGAAGGACGACGAAUUGAUUAUCACCGUCGAUCGGCACCAGGAGAUCCUCGAUUACCACGAGGGCGUGAAGCUGGAGUGGGUACUGAAAUCCGCGGCCGUCAAAGUCACCGGAAAGGGGGAUUCCGGUGCCGCCAAAACAGAGCAUAGGUAUUUCGAGCUAAGCUUCUGCAAGAAGCACAAGGACACAGUCCUGAAGGUAUACCUGCCGUACAUUCUCAAUAGGUCGAAGGAGAUCAAGGAGCAGAUGCGUUCUGUGAGGCUGCACACAGUGGAUUACAGCGGAACGGAUUACUGGAGCUCCGUGGCCUUGAACCACCCAGCGACCUUCGAUACAAUGGCGAUGCCCGAGGAGGUGAAGAAGGAGAUAGUGGAAGAUCUGGAUAGGUUUAUAAGCAGAAGGGAUUAUUACAGGAGAGUGGGGAAGGCUUGGAAGAGAGGGUACUUACUGUAUGGACCUCCCGGAACGGGGAAGUCCAGCUUGGUGGCGGCCAUGGCCAAUUACCUCAAGUUUGAUGUUUACGACCUGGAUUUAAGGGAGGUUCAGUGCAAUUCGGAUUUGAGAAGGUUGUUGAUCGGUUCUGCUAACCGCUCCAUCCUUGUGAUUGAGGACAUUGACUGCAAUGUAGGGUUGCAGAAUCGAGAAUCAGAUAAUCAAGUCCCUGAGGAUGACAAGAUAACACUCUCCGGGCUGCUAAACUUCAUAGAUGGAUUGUGGUCAAGCUGCGGGGACGAGAGGAUCAUAGUGUUCACCACCAACCACAAGGAUCGUCUUGAUCCUGCAUUGCUCCGCCCGGGUCGUAUGGACAUUCACAUCCACAUGUCCUAUUGCACCUUCACCGGUUUCACCACCCUGGCCUCUAAUUAUCUCAAGAUAGACCAGCACCAUGAUCUGUACCCGAAGAUUGAGCAACUGCUUUUGAACGUUGAAGCCACGCCGGCUGAGAUCGCUGGUGAACUUAUGAAGACUGAUGAUCCAGACACUGCAUUAGGCAACCUUAUCAUCUACCUUCAAAACAAGACUAACUUUUUGCGACUGAUGUGGUCAAUGGGGUUAAUUUCAAGGAUUGUGCCUAAGCCAUUCAUCAAUGCAACAAUAAGUGAGAUAAGCAACGCUAUUUGGUUUGAAUGGAAGCCAUCCAUUUGCACUAUCGUUGGACUAUAUUACAUUAGUACAUGACUAUAUUGAUGCCUAUCAACUGUUGGAAUGUCUAUAAUAAAUCCAUAUUGCCUAUUUCACUAGUGAAUACUGGUAUACUAGUAUUUCAGAACAUACAAUAUAUUAACAUGAGGAGUCUAAUAAAGCACAUGUAGUCCAGUUCUAGCGAAAAAUUCAAGUCUAAGCUUCUUUUGAUCUGAAACAUCUGUGUAUCUGAUAGAUUUCUUCCUCUAAGC